ACCAACUUUCUGCGCCGGACCGCCAACAAAGGCGGCGGCGCUAUCAAUUUCCCUCUCAAAGUCUGUGAUUGUCGCGUGAUUUCUUCUACCUCUGAAUCUCUUCCACGAGCUUCUGAAGUAGGCGUAUUUGACGUCCCAGUUGUUGCAUCCGCAGCUUCCUCGCGUAACUCCGCAAUGCCGAGGUGGAACGAGCUCUUUGGUGAUGGGCAUGAGGGACGGAUCAGGCUGGAAGGCGGUGCCAACACGCUUUUGCCUACGCGUCGCGAGCACGUCCAUCCUCCGCCAAUCGAUCCCAAAGAAGUAACCAAGAUCUGCCUGCGCCUGAAGCACCAAAUCGAACAGGUCAUUCCCUAUGAGAUUGAGGAAGAGAAGGUCACCAAGGCAAACAGUCCCAUCAUCACAAAUGCUGUGCUGAACACGGCGAACAAAGCUGGCGGCGAGGACAAGACGGCGUGUGUGGUAUACUGUCUUCUGAUCGUGAAGAAAUGGUUCGCGAAACAAGCCGCCGCCGAGUUGUGGGAUGCUGAUCUGCACGAUGUCCGCGCCAUUGCUGCCGAGAUGAUGGCAAAGCGUAUCAUUGAAGCGGAAGAGGACAUGGACUACCUCUUUGAAGAGGUUCUACUCAAGCGAUACUCCACUCUCAUCGACGGCGAGCCGACAGAACCCGCCAAUGCCGUCGAGAAGGCUGUCGAUCUCCACGCCGUAACUGUCAUCGGUUCCUCUGGAUAUCAGAAGUGCAUAUCCUACCUUUGGCGCGGCUGGAUUGUGCAGGAUGACGAAGACCCAACUCGCUUCGUCCAAUUCGAGAACAAGACGAACACCAAUUUCUGGUCUCAUCUUGACCCCGAUCGCAUGCGUGUUCCACGCUACCAGAAUUGGAUGCAGAUCAUCUUUUCUCUCGUCUACCUGGGCCUCUUCACCGGCGCCGUCAACACCAUCAACGCCGAUGCCGAUCUGGAUAUCGUCGAAGGCUUGCUUUACCUCUUCACCCUAGGCUUCAUCUGCGACGAGGUGAACAAGUUCUACAAGGUCGGCCGAUUCUAUAUCUCUUUCUGGAACAUGUUCAACAGCACGUUGUACACUCUCCUCACGGUGUCCUUCAUAUUCCGCAUGGUAGCUAUCAGCCACGCUCCUGACGAGAAUGACGAAAAGGGCAAUCCUCGUGGCAAGUUCAACGAGCUUGGAUACAACUUCCUCGCCUUCACAGCGCCCAUGUUCUGGAUGCGUCUGUUGCUCUACUUUGAUACCUUCCGCUUCUUCGGCGCCAUGCUUGUCGUGCUCAAGGUCAUGUUCCGCGAGUCGCUGAUCUUCUUCCUGCUUCUGUUCGUCGUGCUCGUCGGCUUUCUGCAGGCAUUCAUGGGUCUCGACAUCGCCGAAGACCAGGUCAUGAACGACAUCGGCUUCGUCAUGCAAGCCAUGCUCAACGCCAUCAUGCAAUCCCCUGAGUUCGAGGGAUUCGACAAUUUUGCCCCUCCCUUCGGUCUUAUUCUCUACUACAUCUUUACCUUCGUUGUCAUGGUCAUUUUGCUCAACAUCCUCAUCGCGCUCUACAAUUCCGCCUACGAAGACAUCACCGGCAACGCCACCGACGAAUACAUGGCGCUCUUCAGCCAGAAGACAAUGCAAUUCGUUCGCGCGCCCGACGAGAACGUCUUCAUCGCGCCCUUCAACCUGAUCGAGAUGGUGUUCCUGAUCCUGCCGUUCGAGUGGUGGAUGGAUGAGAAGCGCUACGACCACAUGAACGACUGCGUCAUGGCCGUGCUGUACAGCCCGCUGCUCAUCGUGACGGCGUUCAUAGAGCAGAAGGAAGCGAGAGUCGUUCGCAACAACCGCAAGCGCGGUGAGGCCGACGAGGACGUGACGCACGAGUGGGAGCAGGUCCUCACCGAAUGCGACUUCGAGGCUGACGGCUGGGACAAGAAGGUCCAGUCCACCAAGCCAAAUGUCGAGUUCGACACGGCAGUGCUAGAGGUUAAGAAGCUGCAGGGCGACGUCGCGGAGCUGAAGGCCCUGCUUGUUAAGCUCACGGAGAAGAGCGACAGCUGGGGCAAUGAUACCCUGGGCGGGAGCAAAUUCGAUAAGCUCGAUCAGAGCAGCGGCAGUGUGAGGGAUGAGCCGGGGAGGAGUGAGUUCGGUGGGACGCAGGCGACUGAGGGGAGCGACUGGCAUUCAGACUGAAUGUGCUGGAAUUCACAUUUGCACGACGAGUGUUCUGCCAUGUGGCGCGUGUAGCUGUGUACAUAAAGUCAACUUGUUUUGUUUCACAUUCUGCCACAUCUAAAGCCACGCGAACAUGUUGAGUCCUGAGGCUCUGCUGUGUAACAAAUGCAUCACAGCCGUUCUCGAAACGGUCGUUCCAC